CAGGACGGACUAAUUGACUCGAUACCUCUUUUCCUUCGGGGGUUCACAGGCUCUGAUUAUCAGCAUCCCCUUGUUUUACGAAACCUACUCAAUUCCAGUCCCAAAUAAUCUGACCAUCUGAUUACCAUGGCUGAACCCGAGGAUGUUGAAGAAGACCUUUUUGCGGAUCUUUACGAUGCCGAUGAAGCUGCAACUCAGACUUUGUCGAGUCUUGAAGCUCCAAAAUUUGCCGAUCCUGCGGUUUCCGCUGCCCAUGCCCAUCCUGCGCAGAUACCUAUGCAAUCUGUCGAAACUGGCCAGGCUGAGGCAGAACCAAGCUCUGCGUAUCAAUACUCAUAUUUGGGAGCUCAGCACAAUGGCACGGAUAAUGUAGGCCCUGGGCCUGCACAUCAGGCUGCAACUCCUGGCGGUGACUCGGAGCCUCAGGGAACCGGUAUCAAAGAAGACGGGUAAGUGCUGUUUAUUCUUCCGUUUCCUACUCUCUUUUUGCUCUGUGUUCUGCUUUGGCGGAGCGUGUGGACGUCUUUG